AUGGUUAAGAUCAUCUUCUACGAAGACAGAAAUUUCCAAGGUCGCUCCUACGAGUGCACCAAUGAUUGCUUUGAUUUGUCUUCACACUUCAAUCGCUGUAACUCCGUCCGAGUAGAAAAUGGUAACUGGAUCCUGUAUGAGCAGCCCAACUACAAAGGGCACCAGUACUUCCUAAGGAAAGGAGAGUACCCCGACUUCCAGCAGUGGUUGGGUUACAAUGACUCCAUCAGGUCCUGUCGCCUGACUCCACAGCACAGUGGACCAUUCCGACUGAGGGUCUAUGAGAAAGAAGACUUCCGAGGUCAGAUGAUGGAGUUCACAGAAGACUGUCCCCAUGUCUACGAGCAGUUCCACUACAAUGACAUCCACUCCUCUCAUGUACACGAUGGAUACUGGGUGUUCUAUGAUGAGCCCAACUACCAGGGACGUCAGUACUACCUGAGACCAGGAAAUUACAAGAGAUUCAGUGAAUGGGGAGCCACUAGCCCCAGAAUCGGUUCCUUCAGGCGAGUCCAAUAUCUGUAUUAA